CCCAGCACCCUGGGCACAUGGACUCCCAGGRACGCCUGCUCACCUUUUUCUCCUCCCAUCUGCAGGAAUUGUGGCUGAGCCAGAGACGAUGACUGUGGAGAGCAGUGAACCCAACGGCCCCAUGCGGGAGCUGGAGCAGGGGGGGCCCAAGGCACCGGUGCCCCCUGCCCCUCCACGGCGCCGUGGCCGCCGCCUGCGGCGCAAAGCCCCGGCAGAGCCCUCGGUCAAGGGGCAGCUCCGCAUGCGCUCGCCAGCGGGAGCCUUCAUCAUGGUGGGCRUCUCAGUGGUCCUGGUGGGCAUGACCAUUGCCGUGGUGGGCUACUGGCCCCAYCGGGGACAUGGGGGCACCGAGGCCAGCGCAGAGAACACCAGUGUGGCGGGGGACAUGAGGAGGGAGGUGGCAGCUGGGCGCCACGUGCCCCACAGCGAGAAGCUGAAGCUGAUCGGUCCCGUCAUCAUGGGCAUUGGGCUCUUCAUCUUCAUCUGUGCCAACACGAUGCUGUACGAGAACAGGGACAUGGAGACACGGCGGCUGAUGCAGAAGGGGCUCUACGGCCUGGCAGCGGGGCUGCCUGAGGGGCCUGGCCCCGAGGAUGGGCACUGCCAGCACGGAGACAGCCAGUCCAUCCCCAAGGCCAACGCCGAGUGCGUGGAGGGCUGCUACCAGGUGGACCUGUCCUGCCAGCCCUGCCCAGGCUCUGGCAGCAAGUGGUCCGACUGCUACGGCCCCAACCGGCUCCAGAGCAUGGCUGAGUUCCUGCAGCACCCAGCAGCUUCCCCUGCAGCCUCUCUCCACAGCCUCCGCUCCACUGAGGCCAACCUGAGCCWCCCGUGCCGUGCCAGAGCCGAGUCCCUGCUGUCCUCGGCCGCUGGCGCCUUGGCACUGCCCGUCAUCAAGCUCAACAACUGCUUGCUGGGUGCAGCAGCACGGGGGGCUGGGAGGGCAGAGAGGGGCCCUGCUGAGCAUCCCCCCAAAACACCACAGCCCUGCCAGGCUCCACUUUCCAUCGGCAGCAGCACUGCGCCCUGCAGCACGGAUGGUGGCGGUCACGGUGGCCACAUAGUCAUCAACAUGGAYGGUGGCUGUCCCGGCAUGGAGUCGCUGGUGGAGCUCAACCCCAGCGUGCACCUCCACACCCCAGGGCACUCCAAAUCCCUGGACCUUGGCCAGCCAGGGGUGCUGCUAGUGGCCCCCAUCAAGGACCGUAAGAACCGGAGCUGGCCCCGGCUGGACCACGUCAGCCUGGUGGGCUAUGCCAAACUGGAAAGUACUGGCGAGUCCUCGGACCGGCUGCUGGAGCCCAGCGAGCCCCCGAGCCGGGGCGACCCCCGACCCAGCUCCUGGGUGGUGGGGAUGGAGCAGGGUACACGGGUCUGACAUCCCCAAUGCCCUCGGGUACUCUAACAACAUCCCAGCCCUUCAUCCUGGCCCCCAGCACCCACCAGCAACCCCAAAACCCCACUCCCCAAAACUCCAGGAGGGGUUUGGGAGUGGCAUUUUAAGCCAAUGCCAAGAGGAAGGUCCUGACUCGAGGAGGACUUGUUUAGGGUGGGAUGUCCUUCCCCAAUGGAUGCCCUUGGCCUUACAAACCCUUCUCCUGGUGGCUUUUUCAGAGGAGUCCCCUCUUUGAGACCCCACACAAAUUGUGGGAUGGGGACKUGGGGGCCGGUGAAGCCCCACCAGCCCCCACUGAACUUUCUUUCAGCGGGGUGGGGGAAUGCUUUGAGGGGUGGUGUCCUCUUUUCCAGCCUCAACCCACCAGAAAAUUUGCUUGGACAGAGCACGUAAGCCCAACAGGGUUAUUAAAUAUUAUCUGGAUGCCAUGCGGUGCUGCCUUGCCUCAUCCUAUUGCCUGUGGGAUGGGAGGGGAGCACCUGCAGCASUUGGUCCAGAGGGUCUGUGAGACCUUGUGCCCCCACCAGGCUCCACUGGGGAAGGGAUGAUCCAUAAGCAGCUGCUCAGCAUUCACAAGAUGACGUGAUAAGCUCAAGGUUUGGGGAUUUUAUGGAGAAAAGGGAUGUAAAAGGUGCCAAGGGAGUUGGAGGCAGUGAGCGAGGUGCUGCUGCCCACCUGGGGUGCAGAAUUCGAGAGCCUCUCUGUGGAUCUGGGUUUGUUUGUGCUGGGUUUUGGUGCAAUGAAGAAUGCAGGUAGUGGCAGGAGGGAGGGGCAGAGAGGUGGGUGAGUGUCGGUGCUGACUUUGCCAGGUCCUGUUUGGUGUYGUUGCGAUAUUUGAUGCCUGUUGGAUACAGACAGCAUCUGUAUGGGAUGAGGCCAGAGAGGUGGCCUUGGCACUGGGGUGGAUUCCUGGAGAAAAGGGAGUUGGGGGUUCAUCCCAUGCCAUCCUACUCCUUCCAGCUCUCUGUCGGGCAGGAGGAGCUCUGGGAUGCCACGAGUGUGUAAGGAU